CACUCACCCCCUCCACACACACACUCACCCCCUCUGCACACACUCAGACCUCCUCCACACACACUCUCUCUCCGUAUCGUCAGUCUGACACACACACGCCCACGCCCCGCCCCCUGGGCUGGACCGGGGCUCCUGAUUGGACGCAUAGAAGUCGUGUCUUCAUCGAGGAGGACCAGCCGCCACUGGUGAAAGAGGAGAAAUUCCAGCUGCUACUGCAAGUGCUGAUGGAAGAGAAUUGUUCACGAGUGGAAGGAUCAACAGCAUGGAUGGAGCCCUUUCUGCAGAGGGUGUCAGGCUACCAGAAUCACCAUCUUAUCUGGAGCAGUGGUUGUGUUCUACAGUCUGUUGUGGUGAUUGACACGGCUGCGGCUCUAUCCUGGAUGAGAGGGGCGGAGUCUCUGCUUCAGGAGGCGGGGUUAACACAGGCCCUGAGGGAGGGGCUUAUCGUACAGGGAGUUCACGUGAAGAACAUCACCGUCGGAGGUCUCCAGGCAAAUGUGUGUGAUUGGUUGGUGGAGUGCAGGGCGGGGUUCGACUGCAUUCCUAUUGGACGGAACUUCACCUGUCGCUCUGCCUGCCACGCCCACUUCUGUCACAAUCACGGAAUCUGCGUGCAUCACCGUGGGCAACAGCCUUCCUGCCGGUGUCCGGUGGGAGAGGACUUCUGGUACAUGGGGCGGCGGUGUGACGUGCGGAUGACUCGUCAAAGACUCGUGGGCGUGUGCUUCUCCGUGGUGGUUGCCAUAGCGAUAGCGAUGGGCCUCCUUUGCUACUUGGUGAUUCGCCGAUUCAAAACCCUCCUGAUACAGGCUAAAGUGGACCAGACACGGAGCAGCUAUCGCAGGUUUAACCACUUCGAUGAGCUGUCGGCACGCUAUUGGUCGCGUUCGCUGGCGGAGUCGGGUGAUUCGCUGGAUAACCCAGCCUUCAGCCAAUCAGACGAGCUCCUGCACCUACGCGCUCGCCAGCGCACCUGCUGUUACCAUGACGACACACUCUCCGUCUGCUCCACCUGGCAAGGCAGCGCCAUCCAGCUCAACACCAUCUACGGUUCUCAGUAUGGCUGGGACGUGAGUAACUACAGCUUGGCGGAUGCCGUGGUGGAUUCUGGGAAGGCGAGUGACCUGUCCGUGUGCAGCUGGCCAAUCGAGCCGAUCCAGUGGACACCAUUUCCCCUGCUGCAGCAACUACACACUCAACAGAGCACGGUGAGGUCCUCUCGUCCGCACUCGUACUGUGAAGGAAUGGAGCUGGUGGAUCUGGAGAGGAGCUGGACAUCUUAACGAGGAGGGACGUAACGAGGAGGGAUGGACUUAAUUAGGAGGGACUUAACGAGGAGGGACAUAAGAAGGAGCAACUUAAUGAGGACGGACUUAACGAGGAGCAACUUAACGAGGAGGGACUUAACAAGGAGCAACUUCAUGAGGACGGACUUAACAAGGAGCAUCUUAACGAGGGGCAACUUAACGAGGAGGGACUUAAUAAGGAAGGACUAACGAGGGGCAACUUAACGGGGAGCAACUUAACCAGGAGCAACUUAACCAGGGGCAACUUAACAAAGACCGACUUGACGAGGAGCUAUUUAACAAGGAACAACUUAUUGUAGAGCAACUUUACAAGGACUAGAACCUUAUCGAGGAGCAACUUUACAAGGACCAGGACUUUAUCAAGGAGCAACUUUACAAGGACCAGGACUUUAUCAAGGAGCAACUUUACAAGGACCAGGACUUUAUCAAGGAGCAACUUUACAAGGACCAGGACUUUAUCAAGGAGCAACUUUACAAGGACCAGGACUUUAUCAAGGAGCAACUUUACAAGGACCAGGACUUUAUCAAGGAGCAACUUUACAAGGACCAGGACUUUAUCAAGGAGCAACUUUACAAGGACCAGGACUUUAUCAAGGAGCAACUUUACAAGGACCUGGACUUUAAUUACAAUUCAAUUACAACAAUGAGGAACAGCCAUCGUGUCCAUAAAAGAAGAGGAACAGUUCCAUCACAACUUUGAUGAGUCUCUAAUGGGUUUUCAUUACCAAUUCCUCAUUUGUUAACCUCUCCAUCUUGGGCAGUUUAAUGGCAACCGACUUGUUUGAUGUAGACAAACUACAAACUGUAGACAACUACUUCUUACAAAGUUUCUAGAUCCUAUCAAGUGUGUCUAUUUAUGUAUCCUAUAAAACAUGGGUCUGUUGUCUGCAGACCACUGCUCAAGUGUGUCUAAGUGCCCUUCACCUGAACAGAUUAAGGCUAAAUUUCUCCACAAAAGACUUCUGUAGACAAGUUCUGUAUUAGUUCAGCAAGCUCCUUUAUGAGCUCUAUCAAGUUUAACAGGUUCUGUAUUAGUUCAGCAAGCUCCUUAACGAGCUCUAUCAAGUUAACAAGUUCUUUAUUAGUUCAGCAAGCUCCUUAACGAGCUCUAUCAAGUUUAACAGGUUCUUUAUUAGUUCAGCAAGCUCCUUUAUGAGCUCUAUCAAGUUUAACAGGUUCUUUAUUAGUUCAGCAAGCUCCUUAACAAGCUCUAUCAAGUUUAACAGGUUCUGUAUUAGUUCAGCAAGCUCCUUAACGAGCUCUAUCAAGUUUAACAGGUUCUUUAUUAGUUCAGCAAGCUCCUUAACGAGCUCUAUCAAGUUUAACAGGUUCCUUAUUAGUUCAGCAAGCUCCUUAACGAGCUCUAUCAAGUUUAACAGGUUCUUUAUUAGUUCAGCAAGCUCCUUAACGAGCUCUAUCAAGUUUAACAGGUUCCUUAUUAGUUCAGCAAGAUCCUUAACGAGCUCUAUCAAGUUUAACAGGUUCUUUAUUAGUUCAGCAAGCUCCUUAACGAGCUCUAUCAAGUUUAACAGGUUCCUUAUUAGUUCAGCAAGCUCCUUAACGAGCUCUAUCAAGUUUAACAAGUUCUUUAUUAGUUCAGCAAGCUCCUUAACGAGCUCUAUCAAGUUUAACAGGUUCUUUAUUAGUUCAGCAAGCUCCUUAACGAGUUCUAUCAAGUUAACAAGUUCCUUAACGUGUUCUGGUAUGUCAUGUGUCAUUACAGAGAUUGGAGAUGAGUAUGGAAACCAGAUCCUUAACGAGAUCAAUUAAUGCAGAUCCUUAACAAGGUCUAUUAAUGAGGAUCCUUAAAGAGAACAAUUUAAACCUUCAGGAUUCUCCAGUGUCCUAUGUUCCCCAGUUAGAGGGUCCUGUGCUCCCCAGGGUCCUAUGUUCCCCAGUUAGAGGGUCCUAUGUUCCCCAGUUAAAGGGUCCUGUGUUCCCCAGUUAGAGGAUCCUAUGUUCCCCAGUUAGAGGAUCCUAUGUUCCCCAGUUAGAGGAUCCUAUGUUCCCCAGUCAGAGGAUCCUAUGUUCCCCAGUUAGAGGGUCCUAUGUUCCCCAGUUAAAGGGUCCUGUGUUCCCCAGGGUCCUAUGUUCCCCAAUUAGAGGAUCCUAUGUUCCCCAGUCAGAGGAUCCUAUGUUCCCCAGUUAGAGGGACCUAUGUUCCCCAUGUAAAAGGGUCCUGUGUUCCCCAGUUAGAGGAUCCUAUAUUCCCCAGUUAAAGGGUCCUAUGUUCCCCAGGGUACUAUGUUCCCCAGUUAGAUGAUCCUAUGUUCCCCAGUUAGAGGGUCCUAUGUUCCCCAGUUAAAGGGUCCUGUGUUCCCCAGUUAGAGGAUCCUAUGUUCCCCAGUUAGAGGAUCCUAUGUUCCCCAGGGUCCUGUGUUCCCCAGUUAGAGAAUCCUGUGUUCCCCAGAGUCUUAUCUUUCUUAUGGAUUUGUGCAUAUUUCUCCAGACAAAUAAAGAUUUCAUAUGUA